AUGCUACCCGCGCUGGCCGUGUUUGGCGUCGUCGUCCUUGGCGUCGUCUACCAGCAGUACUGCCUUCCAAAGGGCAAAGUCGCGCCACCCAGUGUCUACUGCGCGCCGGACGACACGACCACGCGGCCUGGCCACGGCCCCAUCUACCGCACCGGGCCGUUUCCGAAGCCAGCGUACGGAACGCCGCUCGAGACACUCGAGGCGUCCGUGCGUCGGUACCCCACCAACCCCUUUCUCGGCCACCGACAUGCCAACGCCUCGUACGUCUGGGCCACGUACGAGCAGGUGUACGCGCGCAUAUGCAACCUCGCGUCGGGCCUCGUGCAGGGAGAGCUGCUCGACGCCUCGGGCAUCGCGUGCAUCUACAUGAAGAACCGGCCCGAGUGGGUCCUCGCGCAGUACGCGAUCAGCUACUGCGGCGGCACGGUCUCGUGCCUCUACGACUCGCUCGGCGCGACGUCGACCAAUUUCAUUUUACAGCAGACGGCUGCGACCGUGGUCUUUUGCACGACAGCCGAGCUCCCGCGGCUGGUGACGACCCCGACGCUCCGCCACAUUGUGCUCUGUGACGUGGCCAUGGCACCGGCGACAACGAUUCCCGGAUGCAGACUCUGGACGCUCGAAGAGAUUGAAGCGCUGGGCCGCCCGCACCCGAUGGCGCCGCAGCCUCGCGACGCCGACGACGUCUGCUUCCUCAUGUACACGAGCGGCACGACGGGUGAUCCAAAAGGUGUGCAGCUCACGGGUCGCAACCUCUUGAGCUGCAUGAUGGGCAUCGAAGAUCGGCUCAAGCAAGGUCGCAUGGCGCCGCACUUUCACUGUGGCGCCGUGCACCUCUCGUACCUCCCGCUGGCGCACAUUCUCGAGCAGCUCAUCCACUGUCUCGUCAUCACGUACGGCGCGUCCAUUGGCUUUGCUCAAGGCCCCACGUCGUUGCUGCUCGAUGACCUCCAGACGCUGCGCCCGACGCUCUUUGUGACCGUGCCGCGUCUCCUCAACAAGAUCUACGACAAGGUCCUCGCGCAAGCCACUGCUGCGGGCGCCACCAAGGCCGCGAUCUUCCACCACGCCUUGGCCGUCAAGCAGCAAGGCCUGCAGCAAGGCUUCACGUGCCAUCCGCUCUACGACAAAAUCGUGUUUGCCAAGAUCCAAAAGAAGCUGGGCUUGGAUCGGUGCAUUGCCAUCUUGACAGGGUCCGCGCCCGCAUCGGACGACGUCUUGGGCUUUUUCCGGUGCCUCUUUUCGUGCCCCGUUCUCGAAGGCUACGGCCAGAGCGAGUGCACGGGCGCCGUCAACAUCACGGACAUCAACGACCUGACGCCUGGCUCGGUCGGCGCGCCCCUGUCGUCCUGCGAGAUGAAGCUGGUCUCGGUGCCCGAGAUGGGCUACAACGUCUCCGACACGCUCCACGGCGACAGCGACGAGACGCGCAUGCCUGUCAACGGCCGCGGCGAGGUGUGCUACCGCGGCCCGUCCAUCUUUACGGGCUACUUUAAGGACGACGCCAAGACCCAGGAGGCCGUCGACGACGAAGGCUGGCUCCACUCGGGCGAUAUUGGCGUCUGGACGCUCGAUGGCCGCCUCAAGAUUCUCUCGCAGGGCGAGUACGUGGCCCCCGAGAAGAUUGAAAACAUCAUCAAGAGCAGCGUGUACGUCGCCCAGCCGUUUGUCUAUGGCGACUCGCUCCACGCCGUCCUCGUCGGUAUCAUUGUGCCCGAAGAAGCCGAGAUCGAAGCGCUCGCCAAGUCGCUCAACAUCUCGGGGACGUUCCAAGAGCUCUGCGCCAACGCCAAGAUCAACGAGAUUGUUCUUAAGGACAUUGUGGCCGUCGGCAAGAAGGGUCUUCUCAACGGCUUUGAGUGCGUCCGUGCCAUUCUUCUGCACCCGGACCCGUUCACGGUCGAGAACGACCUCUUGACGCCGACGUUCAAGAUCAAGCGCAACGACGUCAAGAAGCUUUUCAUCAAGCAGAUUGACGCGCUCUACGUCAAGACGGGCGACGUCGUCGCGGGCAAGAACGUCCAUCAGCAGUAAGCAUGCGUGUAUAAAACAGUUCUGUACGAGUGCA